AUGAAGGGCACUCUCUCUGUGUUCAUCUUCUCUAUAUUGUUGAAUUUUGCUUACCCUACAGCAGCUGUAACAUCUCUUCUUGGCCCGGUAGUUGAUCUGGGCUACGCUGCAUACGCAGGAAAUACGACAUCGCCUGCUGGUGUAUUGAAUGGCAGUGUGACCUUCUUCGGCGGUAUACCGUAUGCACAACCACCCUUGGGUGAACUCCGAUUCCGAGCGCCUCAGAUGCUUGACGAGACGGUACCGGGGCAUGAUACGAAGACCACCAUUGUCGACGCAAUGAACUUUGCUCCGCCGUGCAUUCAGCAGCCCGCAAAAGUUGGCGUCGGCUCUGAAGACUGCUUGAAGUUGAACAUAUGGAAGCCAACUAGCGCAACUGCAAAUUCGCGGCUACCCGUUGUAGUGUACAUUUUUGGAGGCGGGUUCUACGUCGGUGGUCCUGAAGGCUAUCCAUUGUACGAUUGGGUAGCCCAACACCCGGACAUCGUAGGAGUGGGGAUAUCCUACCGCCUGAACGCGCUUGGUUUCCUGUCAGGUUCUGCUGUUGCCGAAAACGGCGACUUCAAUGCUGGCCUUCUUGACCAACGUGCUGCACUAGAAUGGGUGCAGCGUCAUAUCGGUAAAUUUGGUGGCGAUCCUGAGCGUGUCACGAUCAUGGGCGAGAGUGCUGGAGGCGCGAGUGUCGUCAUGCAGACAGUUGCGUAUGCAGGCGCGAGACCCGUGCCUUUCAAACAAGCCAUAUUUAACUCCAUAGGGUAUGAUCCCAUGUUGGAUCCUCUUUCGCCUCUAGCAGAGGAACUAUAUAAAAACUUUUCAUCCGCUGUGGGCUGCUCUAAUUCAAGUGACAAUACUCUUGCAUGCUUGAGGACCGCCUCAACUGAGUCAAUUGUUGCCGGAAUCAAUAUCAUCGGCAAUGGAGAUAUAGGGCCUACAGUGGAUGGUACUUUCCUUCCCGACUUGCCUUCGCACCUGCUUCGUGAUGGACGCUUCAACGCCGUCGAUAUCCUCGCAGGGCAUUGCACAAAUGACGGGCGUACUUUCGCUGGUGGCCAGCCAUCUCAAUUUAUCACUGAUGCGGACAUCACAAGACUUACUUUCCAUACACGCUGGCCGUACGUUGAUGCUUUGCAGACGAAUCGCACCCUAGAGACUGUAUUCGACUUCUAUCCCAAGGUCAAUGCGAUAGGCAGUCCGUUUCCUACCGAAUACGAUCGUGCUUGGACAAUUGCAGGGGACGUCGUUUUUACUUGUAUGGAUCAAUAUAUAGCUGACAAAAUGCUUUCGAAAGGAGCGAAGAACGUCUAUACAUUUAGGUGGAAUACGCCAGAUCCUAUCUUGCUGGCUGCGAGCCCAUAUCUCGGUGUGAUGCACACAUCUGACCUGUACUACCUGUUUGACGGCACAAAGUAG